AUGCAGCAGUUACAGAUGUACUUUUUCUUGUGCAUUGUUUUUGUUUCGUUGAAGAUUGUGCUUUGUUCCAUUAAGAACUGUAUUGGACAUGCCCAAAAUGGAAAAUGCAAAGAAUGCCUCCCGGGAUACAUAGGACAACAUUGCUCCCACAAUUGUAGGUACCCAAGUUAUGGCAAAGGAUGUCAACAUGUUUGUAAAUGUGAUCCAUCAGUCUGUCACGUGGUCUCGGGAUGUUCGCAAUCGAAAGAAUGUCAACCCGGUUAUUUUGGAGUAAACUGCCUUCAUGAAUGCCGAUAUCCAAAUUAUGGUGUCAAUUGCCAAUUAUUCUGCUUGUGUGAUGAACAAUUAUGUGACAGGAAAACCGGAUGUGCACAUAUUUCAACAAUAUACAAGAACACAACUAGAGAAACCACUACAGUGGCUAGGCAUAUGACCACCGAAAAGCACACAUCAUUUCAAUCUACUAUUUCUCAGCUUAACAUAGGAACACAGCGCAUCACAACCAUCAAAUAUUCUACUAACAAUUCUCUCGAGGAAAGAUUCACCAAGGUCACAUUAUUUAAGAAUAUAUCAGUAUCCAAAUCUUACAACUCUUCUUCAGAGUCAACUGAAUCCUCGGGAAUUUUCAAUAAUGUGCGAUUCCGUAGCAAUAUAUCUGAUCAAUUACUUAUCAACAAUCCGCUUUACCUAAUUCUUGCGAUAGGAUUUACAGUAUCUUUUAUGGUAGCUGCUAUUUAUGCAAUAAACAAAUGUCGGAAAAGAAGAGGAGUUAUUGUAAAUGACUUCGUAAAGGAUCAAAACGUUCCUGUAUAUUACGAACCAAUACAAGCGCUUGUACACGAUAAAAACUUAUUAAGACUGCCUGUCCCUGAGUCAAACACAAUGUCCUAUGAUGAACAUCAACAAUCUGAGGCAAAUCCGUACGAAACAAUUGAAAACGAUGAGGAAGAUUCAACGAUUCCUCAGCUUGACAGAUAUCCUCCGCAGAACCAUCAGCCAUCAACACUUCUCAUGCCUAAAUGUGAGCAGCCUAGUCGAGUAAUUGAUGAAAACACCGACUCUGAUGGAUAUCAGUGCCCUUGCCCUCCUGAAAAAGGACGUGAAGGACAUGAUUUUAAUAACGAAUAUUUAAUUGUAGUGUAA